AUGUUACAGGAGCAGAGUGCGCUUUGUGAUAAGUCUGUCAAGCUGAUUAUAAAGUCAAGGGUAGGAGUCUUUGCGCGCACUAUCAAUUGUGUGGCCAGAAUUAAACAAUUAUUACCGUCUGCUUAUAUAGAGUAUGAUGGCUGGAAGAUGCCAGACCAUGUUUCGCUAGCAGACCCCAUGUUUAACGUUCCAGGUGUAGUUGACAUGCUGAUUGCAGUGGAACUAUAUUUUGAAGUUUUACAGCAGGGGUGCAUUCGCUUAGGAAAUCAUCUUCUCAUUCUUAGGAAAAGUUGCUUCGGGAGGCUGAUUUCUGGUGUAUACACAUCAGAAAUGCAGAGCCGUGCACAUGUUGGCUUCAUAUCCAAUGGAGAUCUUUAUAAUAGUUUGACAAAGUUCUGGCAGUUAGAGGAGGUAUCCUCUUAUUAUACAAUGACUGGGUCAGACAAAGCAUGUGAAGAUCAUUUCGUUGCAAAUGUAGCUAGACUUGAGAAUGGGCAGUCUGAGGUGGCUUUGCCAUUUUUAGAUAACUAUAUAGAUAAGAUUGGGUCGUCAUUCGCUGUUGCUAAAUAUAGAAUUAUUUGA